AUGCAAGAUGAAUUUUAUGGAACAAUCAAACCAAAAGUUAAUUUCGAUCCUGAAGCAGCUGUUGAUACGUUGUAUGAGGCGAUGAAAGGUGCAGGAUGUGAUAAAUAUCGAGUCAUACAGAUUAUCACUCGUUGUAACAAUGAGCAACGACAAAUGCUUCGUGGACCAUACGAAAUGAAAUAUGGCAAAAAUUUAAUUGAAGAGCUUAAAAAGGAAUUAUCGGGUGAUUUGGAAGAUGUCAUCAUUGGAUUAAUGGAAACACCAACCAAAUAUGAUGCAAUGCAAUUACAGAAAGCUAUGAAAGGUUUGGGUACAACCGAAGUAACACUGAUUGAUAUUUUGUGCUCUCGAAGUGAUAAUGAAUUAAAUGCAAUUAAAAUUGAAUACAAAAAUGAGUAUGGUAAAACAUUGGAGAGUGAUAUUGUUGGCGAUACGAGUGGUGAUUUCAAAGAAUUACUCUUAGCAUUACUUAAUAAUCGUCGUGAUCGAUCAAAUAAUGUUAAUUAUUUGACAGCGAGAGAAGCAGCAAAACGAAUGUUUGGCAAUAAAGAAAAGAAGGAGAAACCGGAUAAGGAAACGUUCAAAACGGUCUUAAGUCAGGAUAAUUUUCGACAAAUUCAAAAACUAUUCAGCGAAUAUCAAAGUAUGACCGGUGAACCAUUAGUAACAACUGUCGAGAGAGUGUUCAGUGGUGAUGCGAAGAAUGCAUAUUUGGCUUUAAUUGACAGCAUUCAAAAUAAGCCGCGCUUUUUUGCAAAGCAGUUACAUGAUGCUAUGAAAGGUAUUGGUACAGCUGAUCAACAAUUGAUACGGAUAAUUGUUUCACGAUCCGAAAUUGAUUUAGCAUUAAUCCGUGAAGAAUUUGAACGAAUGUACAAAAAACCAUUAGUUGAUUGGAUUAAAUCGGAUUGUUCAGGAGCAUAUCGUGAUGCAUUAAUUGUUAUUGUCAAAGGAAAUUGA